CAGCCCCUCAUCCCCUCCUUUCGGCGGGGCGGGCGGGUUGUCCAACCACACAAUAGGCAAGACCUUAAGCUUUAACCGUGAGCUCGGCAACACUGGCUUCUUACGACCACGACUUUGCGUCAGGCAAACUUGGUGACACCUUUCGAACCUUCGACGGCCAUCCGCGCGUUUUGAUAAGGAAGUGAGACUGGAUUGAUCAAGAGAUUAAGCACACACUCGUAACAUCAUGGCAACGAGGGGCGUCUCGGCGCUCAAGUUUGUGGGGACGGUGUCGUUGGGGUUGUUGACGGGCCUCUCCUACACUCUAACAACCCUCACCAUCCCCUCCCUCCUCAACCUCCCCUCCGCCACCACAGCCCUCCGCGCCUUUGACUCCCUCACCACAACCUCGACCAAACAACUCCGAUCCCUCUCCGGCCUCUCCGGAACCGCCUUCCUCCUCGCAUACUAUCUCUCCCCCAAACCCCUCCGCCACCCCUACCUCCUCUACACCUCGGCCCUCAUUCUCGGCUCCCAGCUCGUCGCGACGGAUUUGGUCGCUCCUUACAUCUCCCUCGGACCUUCUUCCCCCGCCACCACUGCCGGCAGCAAGAAGUCCUUCCCCCAGCAAAAGAAGAAGAAGCCCUCUGCCUCUGCCCGCGCGAGAAUGGAAGCCAGCUAUGAGGUCCUUGGUGAAGAGCAAGAGGAAGAGAGCGAGGAGGAUGAGGUGUUGGAGGUUGGGGAGGAGGCGAACGGGGAGGAGGUGAGGGCCAAGGUGGAGGGGUGGCUCAAGAAGCAGGUUGUCCAGGUGUCUGUCUUGGGACUGGGGUUCUUCAUGUCGGUUGUGGGGAUUUGGGGGGAUGGGGUGGUGAAUGUUUAUGGGAGGGUUUAAAAAGCCCUGGAGUCAAGACAUGACUGAUCGAUCUCUCUCUCUUUUGUAUGAAAUGGAUGGAAUGGGAUGGGAUGUACGAAAGGGAAAUAACACAUGGGUAGGUAGGCAGGGGGGGAUUGUUUUGUUUUUCUGCUUUUUAGUUUGUUGAUGGAUGGAUGGAUAUGAUUUUGUCUGCUCGCUCUCUCACUUGGUGUCUUGUCAUAUCUUGCAGAAAAAGGGUAGUCCAACAAAGAAAGAUUGUAUCUAACUCUACAACGACAGAAGCAACAAGCAGGAAGUAAUAUUGGAGUUUUGCGGUGGGAAGGGGGUUUCUCUUGUCAGAUCAUCACUUCUCUUUACUGUACUUGGUACAGACAAUACAUCUCCUAUUGG